AUGGGUGAAAGUUUAUCUGAAGAUGAAUUCAGAAAAGCUUUGUAUGAGUCACUCAGUAAAAAGGGAAUUGUUUCUUCCUUUAAGUCCCAUCUCCGUCAACAAAUUGCGCUUCAACUUUCUUUGAAGGGUACAGAGAAAGAAAGCACCCAGGCAGCUCUUGUUGGUGAUAUGAUAACAGCUGCUCAUCUAAAACACUCCCAUUAUGAUUAUUCUCUUUCCACUUUCCUGAGCGAGGCAAACAUUAGUGAUAAGGGGCUGAACUAUGAAGAAUGGUUGCGUCUGCUGAACGUCUCCGACGACAGUUCGCUAGCACGGGCUCUUACUGCUUCAAACAAAGCCACAACAAGUCCUCUUCUCUCCUUCCUGGAAGCAGUGGUCAAGUCUUGUGGACAGGGGGUCGAGUCUGCUGCUAUUCAAACGGAGGCGGUUACCCUACAGGAUAAGCUGAAUAUGCUGGAUGAGAAGUAUGCUGAUUUGCCUGCUGAUCAUUUCUUGUCAGAACAGGAUAAGCAGCUCCAAAAAAUUAACAUGGAAAACAAACAGAUUCAGGACAUCGUCAAGUUGGAGGUAGAACGCUUUAAAGAGUUGGAACUAGAAAGGUACAAGCUGUUAGAACGGGAUCGUGUAAACAAAGAUUUCAACAAGAAAUUAAGCGACUACGAAACUGAGUACAGACAGAGACUCGAUGGUUUACACAAACGGGAGGUUGAGAGUACCAGGGCUCUUGAUAAGCUGAAAGCAGACACAGAGGCAGGGCUAUUCAAAGAGCGUCAGUUGUUGUUAUCAGAACUAGAAACACUACGCUCGCGCUCAAGUCAGUUGGAGCGCGAACAUGCGCUUACCAAGAACCAGGUCUGUUUAGACCAGGAGAAGUUAGGUAUACUGCAGGCUCGACUAGAGGAACGGGGGACUAACCUCAAAGAAAAAGAAGAGGACUUCAGAAACAAGUUGCAGGAACACAAGGAGAAGGCUAGGCUACAGUGUAAAGGCGAGCUGAGGGAAAGGGAGGAGAAAAUAGCAGCCAAAGAAAGUCAGUUGCAAGAAGAGCAGGAGGAUCACAUGAGGACCCGAACAGGUCUGGAUACACAUGUUGAGGAGGUGAAGAAACUGAGAACAGAUAACGCCAAUAUUCAGGACAAUAUAGUGUUGUUGGAAGCACAACUGGAUACAGCUCGAUCACAAGCAUUACAUUAUGAAGCUAAGCUGACCGUCACAGCUGAUUACGAACAAAUCAAGAAUAGUCUAAUUUCCAUGGAGGCUGAAAGAAAACAGUUGCUGGAGAGUUUUGAUAAAGAGAGACGUCUCUCACAACAGAGCGAGACACAGCUUCAGGAGAUAAUAUACUCACUCCGGGAACAACUGUCCAGACCAAGUCAGACGGAAAGUGAUGCUGUUAAUGAGCUCACCAAACUCAAACACAGACAUUAUAACCAAGUUAAUGAGCUGAAGAACCAGGUGAACAAGAUACAGUCGGAGUUAGAGCGGGAACAGAAGAGUAGGUUAUCAGCCCAAACGGAGCUCAGAGACCAGUUUCUGGAAUGUAGGGCUCAUCAUGCUGUAUCCUCACAACCGAAACCUACCUCUACAGAGAUGCCUGACUUCUUGAAAAAGUAUCUAAGCUCGGUGCGACUUGGAGAUGACGCGGACGCUGACGAGGAUAUUUCCGAGCAAAGCACCAAGCUUCUAUCAGAUGUGUCCGUUUCUUCCGAUUCUAUCCUCCGUCCCACUAGAUCUAUUGUGGCUGGCUCCCGUAAAUUAUUUGAUCAGCUUGAAGAGGAAGAGCAAGCUUUGGAGCGGGAGUUUGUUUCCUUUAGGAACAGUAAUAUGACGGAUAUAGCAAGAAUGGCUAUUAGUGGCACUGUACCUGAACCUGCGGAGAACUUUAAUAUUCAGCAUAAUGUGCCACCCCAAAAUAGAUCAUACCUUCCUGCUGCUAGAAAGCCGGAAAAGCCUAAACUUAUAGAAUCUGCUGGACCGGCGAGGGUAUCAGAGCCAGCUCCAACUCAUCAUGUACUAUCAGAGGAGGAGAACCCUUCUCAAUCCACAAUAACACCCUCAGCUAGUGUCGAAACAAUAACACCCUCAGCAGGUGUCGGAACAGUGACACCCGGUGUCGGAACAGUGACACCCGGUGAUGGCCAAAAGACUGACAUUAUGGAGAACCUAGACCCUGUGAUGCAACAGUAUCUGAACAGAGUGUUGCAGAACAAGGAGGAAAAUAAAGCUGGCAAAUCUGGACAGCCAUCUGCUGUAAGACAAGAUGAUUCCGAGCAUAUCGAGCAAGUUGAGUUCGACAAAACUGACAGUGAUUUCUCGUGGUGACUGGUGAGAGAUUUAAUUUGAUAGGUUGUUUAUGAUUCAGAAAUCAGAACAUUUCUCUACUGGGGUUUCGAUGAGAUGCCACCCUGCAACCCUGCUGUACAUUUAACUUUUGACGUGUAUUUAUUAAUUAAGCUCGUAUCUAUUCAACGAUCAAUGAUUCAUUUUGAAAUAAAAACACAAAUUAAUGACAAUAUCACAAUAUUCGCAAUAGUAAAUAUGCUGAUGUACAUAUGUAUUCUCAGAUUAUUAAAGACUUACGAUAUAGUCUGUUUUAAUUCGUGGUUGUGUAGUACAUAACUUUUAAUGAUAAUAUGUAUUAUGAAUUACUAUAGUUUCAAAUUUAUUCCAUUUGGCGCCGUAUCCCGUUAUUGGAUGGACGGAGGGCGCUGCGCCGAAUCAAUUUUGUCUAGACAUUACUGCGCGAGAUGACGCGCGCGUUUCAAUUCGAUCAGGCUCUCCGGCCGCUCGAUCUGUUAUUUGUCGGACCUCUGCCCUCUUGGCUGUGAGGAUUAUGUCGA